GAUACCUCGUCUAUUGGAUUAUGGAAGGGAUUUGCAGCUUCCUGUUAAGCCGCAGAACGCCGGACAACCUCGCUCCGAGAGCCUGUGUGUGUGCUCCAACGCGUCUGUUCUCUCCUGCGAGGAAGAAAGGAAGACACAAGCCGCUUCAACAUGAACCUUUUCUGCUUCAGUCUGGAGGGAUCUACAGACAGCCUGUAUGAGGCUCCGCAGCCGAACCCAGGUCCAACGCCAUGGAGCCCCGUGUGGGGCGAGUCGGAGCCCUGCGUCGGUCCGGAUCUUCUUCAGACUCCUUCCAUCCGACGUAAGACGGAUUUGAAGAAAGCAAAGAGAAAAUCUCGCACAUCGGAGCUAACGUGCAUCGGUGACAAAACACCAUCCAGUAAGGUCUACUGUCCAUGCACUGGGAAGAGAGAUGAUCUAGUUCACCAUACAGCUGAAGAUACGAAUGAAGAUCCCUACAUGAUGAACUCUUUUCCUCAAGAAGAAAGAAUUGAAAGAAAUGGCAAGGAUUAUGAUGUUCAGGUUGUUGAGGACAAGUCACGUCUCCAGAAGAUCCAGAAGCCAUCGAAGGGCGGUAUCGAGGAGAGCAGACAUCCUCCAGACAUCAGUGUCAUAACCUGCAUAGGACUCUCAAAAAAGCCUGAGAAGAAGCAGGUGGAACAGUCUAACCAGCAGUCUGAGCCAGGAAAUGAGAGGGACAUAAGAGAAACAGAAGGUCUGUGGAACCCCGGACAUUUCCACAACCACUGGAGCUCCACGAACGUGUGCUCAUUCUGGGAAUUGUCCUACCACACCUGCCACAGACCCACAGCUGAUCCAUGGCUACAUAACGUUAACUUCACUCUGCCCAGAGGAACCGAUCGUCAAAGGUACGAGGAGCUGAUUCACGAUUUGGAUCUCCUCAGGAUGGAGUAUCCACCACUGAGAGUCAUCCGCUCCUUCACUGACUUGGACAUGACGGACACUGUCACGGUGAGUCCCUUGUCUUGUUAUGCUAACGUGUCUAAUAUUGACAUUUCAUAA